GGCGUCCGGUAGCAAGCAAGAUGGCCGCCAGCUAGCCGUGUUGUACGGCGAGCUUCGGUCACACACAUUUACCUCUAGUUUUCGCCAAACUUUCCACCGACUUGACCAUCCCCAAUGACUAAGAAUGCAGCCGACGGUCCCUUAGACUACCCAGGAAUGAUGAAGAGCGUGAAGAAGGAACGAGGAGACCGGGGAUUCAGUCCCGGAGGGGCCGGACCCAGCGGUGGCGGGAGUGGGGGUAUCCUUGGCGCCGAGCUCCAAUUUCCACCGCCUACGACAGAUGGUGCCAUCGUUACAACUGCCAAUGGAGACAAGGCCAUCCACAGCGGCCAUUUCAUGGUGUCGUACAUCCACAACUCCAACGCUAGCGUCACUCCCGAGGACUCUAACGAAUCCUCCCGCGCCCAGACCCCCAACCAGAUGUCCACGCUAUCCCAGGGCACAUUCAACGAACCCAGCCAGCGAGAGGAGAAGGCCCCGAGCAGCCCGGGUUUCGACUUCGGCGCGGCGGCGAAAGAGGUCAUGGCUUCGUACCAGUUUGGGUUCCGAUCCUCCAAACAACUGUCCAUAGACGCCUCCCUGACUAAGCUGUUCGAGUGUAUGACACUGGCGUACAAUGGCAAGUUGGUGUCCCCAAAAUGGAAGACGUUCAAAGGAUUGAAGCUUUUGUGGAAAGACAAGAUUCGUCUGAACAAUGCUAUCUGGAGAGCAUGGCACAUCCAAUAUAUCAACAAGAAGUCGCCCUUGGUCUGCCAGUUUGUCGCAAACCCGCUUGCCGACGACGCACAUUCCCUCCCACAGGCUGUUGUGCUAGAAGGGAAGUACUGGAAGAGACGCAUGGAGACCGUGGUCAAGGAGUACAUGAAAUGGAGAGUGUACUACAAGAAGAAGACUGCCUUUUUUCAGCGGAUGAACUGUCCUACGGAUGAGGAUCUUCUGAAGCUAGACGCGCUGGACAUGCCGCUAAACAUGCCGCCAUCACACUACAUGGGCUGGACUCUGGAUGACUUCUACUAUCUCCGUGAGCGGCAGGAACCAUGUCCCUGGUGGGACGCCACAGGGGCAGGGAGGGAUGACUACACGAUACUUCGGGAAAGGCAGGAGCGGCAGAAGUCCCCGCAGAAGAAGGAAACGCCGCUGCCCUCGCCAUUCGUGCCGACCUUCUCGGAGGAGGACGCGUGGAUGAUGGACUUCACCGACACGCUCUUCUCCAGUCUGGCCCAACCGUUCGCCUUUCCCAACCCCAAGGAGAUCGCUCAUCUUGGUAACGCAGACAUGAUCCAGCCAGGCUUGAUCCAGCUACAGCCCAACUUGGAAGACUUUAUGGAUACAUUUGAGCCGCUGCAAGACACUGAGCUGGAAGAGAAUGAAUGUGGGUGCGGCCUUUGUGAAAAAGAAAUUAAUCAAGAUAUUGUUCGGAAUGCGGGACUAGAGUUUGGAGGCAGCAGCCACAUGAAUCUGGGCAGCGGGCUGGAGAUGGGACAGCGCAGUUCACAGCAAGGACAGCAACAGGGACAGCAGCCCAACAUAUCCAUACAGUUAGAUGUGGGGUCUCCCCAUGCAAUGCAUGCCAGUGACAAGGUCUUUCUGCCUACCUUGAUCAACAAGGGUAACUUCCAAGCGAUGGGUUUUGGUCCCCCCCAUGUGGUGCCACCUGAAGAGCGGCCAUCAGCCAGCGCCACAGUCAGCUCCCCACCGUUCCAGAACCAGAUGUCUGCCGACACCAUGCAGUACCAGGGCAGGUCACAGGCAGGGAUGUCCUACCAGGAGUCCUCACCUAUACAAAUGGACACUAACCAGACAUCUUUAGAGGAUGCCAUUUCUGUGCUGGCCCAGAACACCAGGCCCACACAGCCUCCACACAUCCACAGCAGCCAGCCUGCAUCCAUGUCCACUUCUACCCAGCAGGUGAGCCAGGUCAUCGCUGCCCCCACCCCCAUCACACCCUCGUCCACGGCCCACCAGCAGCCCCCCACCAUGCUGCCCAUGUACCAGGCCCAGCCUAACAUCCCCGUCAUGCCCAGUACACAGACGGCCUUCCAGACACCCACGUCAUCUCCACAGCCCAACGUGGCACCGUUCGGCUUCCCACAACAGCAACAGCAGAAGACACAGACUAUACAGCCGAUGCCUGCCCUCCAACAACAACAACAACAGCAGAUAGUCUCCCAGGGGAACUACGCCGGGUUUACCACUGUCAGCACGCUACCGGCAAGCACGUUCAUGGAAACAGACGAUCAACAACAACAACAACACCAGCAACAACAACAACAACAGCAGCCUGCUCCCACCAGGAGUAGGACCACGCCCAAACAGUAUCCCCUGGCACCCAAGCCUGCACCAUCUGCCACCAUCCAACAGGGGGCGCUGGGGUUCACCACCCAGAAUGCCAUGCAGGUGGCAUUCACCCAGAAUUCACUGCAGCAAGGCGUGAAUAGUAAUACAGUCCAGUUCAUCAAGCCCAAAGGACUGAGUCCCAUCGCCCCCAAGCCCAGCACCACGGCGUCCCAGACGGCCACCAUCCUCACCGCCAGCGUGGGGUCUCCCCAGGGGGUGGGGGGGUCCGGGGACAAGACCCACACCGUGUCCGUACAGAACACUUUCCUGGCACAGCUUCUAACUGGGGGUUCAGGAGCGUUUACCACCCAGGGUAUCCAGCCAUGUACAUCAGCCGGGACUUCCACCAUGUCCAACCAAGUGUACCUUACCUCGUCCGCCAUCAAACCCGACACUUCUCUACUCAACACUGUGGUCACUCCCUCCACAACACAGGGCUUCGUCCUGGCUGCAAACCCCUCACAACUCGCACAGUCUCCCCAACCAACAACUGCCACCUACCAGGAGAAAGUUGCCGGGGUAACAGACUUCCAGAGCAGCGUGCUGGUAGCUGCGGCGGCACAGGCCGGUAAGGUCGGGCUACCCGGACUGGCAACCGCCACGAAAGUGGAGAGAAAGUCACCCCCAGUGGCAUGUAGCACUCCCAUCAAGCCAGCAUCCACCCCAAACUCCCCGUCUGCUGCCAGCCCCAUCACUACAGAGGACAGCCCUGGACACAACUCCGAGACCCUGGCAUGCGCACCACCUUGGAUUAUAGUCAAAAAGCUGGAGGAAUACAAGCCUACCAACACUCUGAAUUUUUCAGACGAGAGAUACACCACGAGGGGUGUGCUUAUAGAUGGCAUGGACUGGUCCCCCGCACAUUCUCCAGGGAAGACACCCUCCAAGCUAAGAAGCUCUCAAGAGAAGUACAAGGGAGGUUCGGACCAGAGAAGAGCUAUCCACAUCUCAGCAGAACAGAAGAGAAGGUUUAACAUCAAAGUGGGCUUCGACACCCUGCACACACUGAUUCCCACCCUCAGUUCACAGGGAAAUGUGAAGAUUAGUAAAGCUGCCAUGCUACAGAAAACGGUGGACUAUACAAAGAAGUUACAGGCUGAGAGACAACAGAUGUUGGAGGAGGCCAGAGUUCUAAAACAGGAGAUUGAAGAGCUGAACAGUGCUAUCUCAAAUUGUCAGGCACAGCUGCCAGCCACGGGGGCACCUGUCACCAGACAACGCAGUGAUCACAUGAAGGAAAUGUUUGACGAAUACGUCAGAACGAGAACAUCACAAAACUGGAAAUUUUGGAUUUUCAGUCUGAUAAUCCGCCCCCUGUUUGAGACGUACAACUCGGCUGUGUCCACGGGUAGCAUGGAGGACUUCUGCAGGACAGUGUUAUCAUGGCUAGACGAGCACUGUUCCCUACCAGCGCUUAGACCCACGGUUUUGAAUUCCUUGAGACAGUUGAGUAUGACUACCUCCAUCCUGUCUGACCCAUCCUUGUUAUCCGAGCAAGCGCUGCAAGCCGUCUCUUCCAAAAGAAAGUCCAGCGAGAGCCACUAGCUGCAGUUCCAGUUGGAAUCAACAGGGGGAGCUGUUGAGAAUGCAAACUACCAGCGUUGUCAUUGCAAGGCAUUUGGCACUCUCGGUUUUUGUCAGAUUCUGUAUCUGCAAAACUAAAGAGUGCUUAACAAGUUUAUCGGUACUAAAAUGUUAUUUGAUAUUUUCUGUUCUUUCAAAUUGUAUGAAAUUGCUGAAAUCAUUGAAAGAAAGUAAAAAAAGAUAUCUGAAAAUAUGUUGUAAUACUUUGCUUGGAGUUUGCAUUCUCAACAUUUGUACAGGUUUUCUAGUUGAUAAUAGCAUUUGUUAAUUCUUUUUUUGUUUUUGUUGCGGGAAUUGAGAGAGGUUAUCUAUUUUUAAUACCUGGUCUUCUAUGAUUUUGAGGGCAAAAAAACUACAUUCCCUUUGAGUGGAAGGGAAGCAACACACUCAAAAAUGUCUUAGAUAGAAAGUAAAAAAUUGCCCCAAAUGUGGCCAGUUUAUACCAUAGAAUGGUAGCAAAAGUCAUCAGUAAACCAAAAAUUUUUGCAUCGCUGCAAUUUCGAGAAAAAAGUGUUUCACAAAAUAGAUACCAAAUUGAUGUAAAUGCUUUCUAACACAUACUUGAAGGGCAAUAAAUAUUAAUAAAGAGACCCAAAUCUUUCAUAAUACACACAAUGUCAGAAUUCUCAGUCGUUUUGGGCAAGUCUUGUUCAACUUCUCGAAACCUGAAUCAGACAAACUAACACAGUAUUCAGUUAUGUUUCAUUUCUCUAGUUUGUUUAAGAGUUUGUGGGUUGAGUUUGUGGAACUGUAUCAGUGAUGAUAUGAUAAUUAUGAUAUGAUAAUGUAUGGUUUGAUGUGUCUUAAUGAUCAUAAUCAUUAAUGUGUACAUAAAAAUGAUGCUUUGAAAAGAGUAUGAAAAUUUUGGUAUGUGAUAAGUAUAGCGCAAUAGUACAGUGUGAGAAAUACAUCUAACAUUACAAUGCAAACUGCCAAAUGAAAAAAUUUCUCCACAAAAACAAGGCAUGAGUAUGUGCUUUUGGCUGCUGGCAGAAUGAAAAAAGGCCAUGGCAGGUAGAUUUUAUGGAUGACAUUCAUAUGUACAUCAGUUUUCGCCAGAUUUCAAACUUGUCCCACUUUGGGAUUGAUCAACAUUACAAGAAAAUGCCAAAAGUUCUGAAGCAAGUGGUUAAGUUCUCUUAUUUUUUCCUAUCACUAAGGCCACACCAAUUUAAUUUCUUGUUUAACAGAUUUUUCUAGAAAAAAAAUGGAGCAGGCGGGUGAAAAAAAUACCAAUAAAAAAAGGCCUAGGCAUCCUAUUAUGGCCCAAAAUGGUAUGAUAGGAGCCAUGAAGUCAACACACCAGGCUGGUUCAAAAUUUAAACAAUGAAUUUUGAACUUUUAAUGAUACCACUGCAUUGAAAGAUGGAAUAACUGUAACAGCUAGGAAGAAAGGAAUGUUUUCAACUGUUCAGGGCAAAAUAUGAGCAUUCUGUUGAUUCUGUAAUUUUUUUUUUUUUGCAAAUCAGAAAAAAAUGAAGCGGACGAAUCCGUUAACCAAGAAAUUAAAUUGGUGUGGCCUAAACAUAUCAGGUAUUGUGACACCAAGUGUGAUAGCCAUGAGUGUACAUGAACAUGUAGCUGUAGUAAUACAAUGUACUACAUUGUACAUGUAGACUACCACACUAGUGUCACUUUCUGCACUUUUAACUUCUUGACUACAGAAAUUAAAGACUUUUUGGCCA